UCUACCGAACACAAAACACUGAAUGCUGAUUUACACAGCGACAACAACGACAAAUGCUGUUGGACUUCAGCUUUGGCUAAAGUUGAAUGCAUACACACAUCCGUAGCACGAUCCAAUAACCAAGUUUGACACAUGACAAGUGUGAGUCGUUCAUGUGGCAAUACAGCAGAGGUACCCGAUGUAUGGGAUUUUUUUUUCAAGUCGUUAUUUUCGAAAACGCCAUUAUUAGUCAAAAACCCAUCGCGUGCAUUUCAUCUUAAGAUACAAACAGAGGUUCAAGAGUAAAAUAUGGGCCCAACAAGAAACAAUCGUCGUGACCGAGGUCGUGGCCGAGGUGGUGGUUCAGGCAAUGAUGACUCGGUUCCAAAUAACUCGGCUGCCAAUGUUCCGGUGGACAUGGUGAAUGCAUCGAAAAAAUCGAAAGCAUUCAAUGAUACUCUUGCUGAUGUCCAGGCUCAGUUCAAUGCCAUCUAUGCAAAACUCGGUGAUCUCAACAAAAAAUACGAUGAUCUCAACAAAAAAUACGAUGAUCUCGCCAAACAACAAGGUGACAUGAAAACCGAACUGGACAAACUGAAAAAAUGUGCCAAAUGCUCGAAAAUUCGCAACGAAAAUUGGCAAUGUGAAGGCUGUGUCUAUGACAGAGCAAUGAAAACGAAGGCAAAAAUAAUUAAAACAAUUAACAGCUUAAGUGAUGGCUUCUUAAAGCCACUCACACCCCCGGCAUCUUCGAAUGGUUCCAAAGAUUAUGAUGAUUAGGUCAAUUAAACCUGUGAUCAAUAGCAAAUGAGGCAACUGUGAGCAUUUCCCAACUGAACAGUAUUAUUAGUAUCGUUAAGCGCAUAAACAUUUAUAAAGACUAAAAGAGGAAGUAAACACAAAACACAUGCUUUGAAUAUUCUUUGAAAAUACAAAAUGAUCUUUUCGUUGUAAA